UAAUAUAGGCUUGUGUGAAUACACACGUGCUGCGUGUAGAGGAUAAGCGUUUAUUUAAAAAUGGCGCUCUUAAAUCGUGCCAAUUUAAAUUCUCUUUUAUUAUUAAAUCACUGUUAUUACAAAUUCGCGACGGGUACGGUGAGAUUAAAAACGCGCGGACGCAUUUCACUAUCGUCAAGUCUCAUGCAAGAAAAGAUUAAACAAAGCUCAGAAAAGAAAACAGAAUCAAAUGUUAAAAGCACGAUGUUUGAAACUACAAUUGCCAACAGAAGAGAUCAGGCACGUCGAAGUAUAUUGGUACAGGUAUACUCGUUGAAUUCACAAGACGAUCUCCAGAGUUAUUGUGCUCAAUUUGGAGACAUUUUAAAAAAUGGUUGCACAUGCCCUACUGAAAAGGAGAUUUCAAACUUCUUACAGAAUGCAAAAUCGAUAUCGGGACAAAUAAUAGAUUUAUAUGAGGCAUUAAAACUGAGCGAUUUAGAAACAAGACUGAGAUUUCACACUGCCCAUCACCUGGAGCAAUAUUUCUCUAGAUUAUUUCAAAAUACAAAAGUUUUACCAUUUGGUUCCUCUUUGAACGGAUUUGGGAGGAAAAGAUGUGAUCUUGAUUUAGUUCUCAUUUCCGAUAAAGAAGAAUCGACUACUUUUAUGGGUUUCUUUAUAUACGUCGCAAUUAAAAUUUCGAUUCAAAUAUCGCGCGCUUAA